UGACCUUCAAUUACACGUUAGUUCAAACCUUAUAUGUCAUAUAAGUGUUAUGAAAUGAUACUUCAUUAUAAGUAGUCAGUGGGUAUAAAUCAAAGCAUGAAAGUUGGCAUUCCCUUUAAGUCAAACUGUGACUAAAAUUUGGAGAUCAUUUUCAUUUUUAACUGUAUAAUGAGCCAUGCAUGCGUGUCAGAAAAAAUGCGUGUUAAAAAUCAACAGAGAAGGCACUUGAAUCAAAAGACAGUGUGAUAAUGGCAGACAUAAACUUUGCAGUCGGCGGUAUAUUUGAUGAUAUAGCUGUCACGAAAAGAACUCCUAGAAUCAUGAAAGAUGAUCUUGGCGAACCAUUCCCUGUGCACAGAAUAGAUGGAUUUUCUUAGCCAAAAUUUAUCCGACAAACAGUUCAUAAUGACAUGACAGAUUUUUGAAGUCAGGGAUACUGAUAUAUGGUUCUUUUCAUACCCUAGGUCUGGGCAGCAUUGGACCUUGAAUAUUGUAUACAGACUGACGCAUGACCUACAAGAGGCCCCUAAGGGUAUGGAGGAGUUAUGUAUGCCUGAGUUAGUGACAAAUGAUGUUACAAGUUCUGUACCAUCUCCCAGAAUUAUGAGGACACAUCAAUUGCCGAGUUCAAUUCCGAAGAGAGUAUGGAACAAAUGUAAGGUGAUCAACCUUGUGCGUCACCCGAAGGAUGUGGCAUAUAGUUUAUUCAAACAUCAAUCGACGGGACUUCUUUAUUGCUAUAACGGCACAUGGGAAGGCUUCCUGCCAACUUGGCUAAAAGGAGAAGCGGCAUGGGAUGAUUGGUUCAAGCAUGUACAAGAAUACAAGAGACUUGCAGAAAAUGUUGAUAUGAUGUUCCUCACAUAUGAAGAAAUAAAAAAUGAUACACUUGGUACCAUAAAGAAGAUAGCUGAGUACAUAGGUGUUAGUUGGAGUGAAGAAGAUUACAAGAAAAUGGUCGACGAAACGAAGAUUGAUGUCAUACAAUCUCGCAAUAAAGAAUAUGAUGCCUAUGCAAAAGAUGGAAGAGGAGCAGAUUUCAUGUUUAGAAAAGGGGAAGUUGGUGCAUGGAAAGAACAUUUUACUGUAGCACAGAAUGAGCUGUUUAAUAAAGUAUACAAGGAAAGAAUGAAGGGAGUUACAUUUGUCUAUGACGACUUGCUGGACUCUUAAAAAUAUGUAAUUUCCCAAAAAUGGCAAAGUAUUAUACAAGUUAAUCUAAUAGUAAAUAUUGAUGUAUUGGACAGUAGUAGUUGACUACUAAAUAGAUGUAUAUCUAGCUACAUAUAUGAAAUUAAACAUUUAAAUCUUAAUGGAAAUCACACUCAUAUGUCCAAAAGAUUUUGAGUAAUUGUGAGGACCAUUUUAAAGUAUUUUAUUGGCCUAAAUAAAAAAAGAUAAUAGGAAAAGAGACCCCUUUCAAGGUUGCUUUUUAAACUUCACGGAGGAAUCGAAUUGACCCAAGAACUAUAACUGAUAUGAAAUAUCUGCUUCUAAUCUGUUUCUAAUAUUGAAUAUGGAAUUCCACAAGGCUCUUUUAUGGGCUCCUUCUUAUUCAUUAUUUUCAUAAAUGACAUAUAUUUAACAUCAGAUAAAAUAAAAUUUGACUUAUUUGCAG